CCAAAAAGAGCGAUUUUUUCACUCAUUCAAGUAAUCGCCGUUUUAAAAAAAAUCAGGUGUGAGAAAUCAUCGUCCAUGCCAAACAUCACCCUAAUCACCUCCGUCUCUAUCCCAGUCAUAUCCUCUACUGGUUUGUGGUGCUUGGACGAGUUCAUGUUCCGCUUACUCCCGUAUCGCAUUCCAGUCUUUAUGGCUCAUGACACCCUUCUCGUCAUCUCCUUGUUCCAUGGGCUUUCUCCAUGGACUGCUUAUCCCUUUCGUUCUCUCCCGACGCCCUUCCAAGAACUCCAUCUCCAUCCUCUAACAUAAGAAGACCAAGGACUAGAACCUUCGAUUCACGGGAAGCUCUAUCCUUCCUCCAAAGAUGCACCGACUUCAAACAACUCAAGCAAAUCCAUUCCCAAAUCCUCCGAACCGGGCUUUCCCACGACCAGGUGCUGGUUGCCAACAUGCUCCGUCUCUGCUCUUCUUACGGCCAAAUGGGCUACGCGUCUCUCCUGUUCUAUCAGCUCCAGAGCCCGACCACUUUCGCCUGGAAUCUCAUGAUCAGGGGCCACACCCUCAACGACAACCCUCGUGAAGCUCUUCUCACAUACAAUCUCAUGAUGUGUCGAGGUGUGCGACCCGAUAAGUUCACAUUCCCGUUCGUCAUCAGGGCCUGCAUCGUUUCUUCUGCAAUUGAUAAAGGAAAGGAGGUCCAUGGGGUUGCUUUCAAGCUUGGCUUUUGGGGAGAUGCCUUUGUUCAGAAUACGGUGAUGGAUCUUUACUUCAAGUGCGGCGACUUGGGUUUUGGGUGCAUGGUUUUUGAUAAAAUGCCUGUGAAGAAUGUUGUUUCUUGGACUACUAUGGUGUCGGGUCUUGUUGCUCACGGGGAAUUAGAUGCUGCUCGCGGGAUUUUUGAAGUUAUGCAGGCUAAGAAUGUCGUGUCGUGGACCGUUAUGAUUAAUGGGUUUGCUCGGAAUAGGCAUCCUGAGGAAGCUUUUGAACUUUUCAGACGAAUGCAGCUCGAAAACGUGAGACCCAAUGAGUUUACUUUAGUUAGCUUGUUAAUUGCCUGUACUGAACUAGGAAGUCUGAGGUUGGGUAGCUGGAUUCAUGACUUUGCGCUGAAGAAUGGAUUUGAAUUGGGUGUUUUCCUUGGGACGGCGCUUAUUGAUAUGUACAGUAAAUGUGGCAGUAUAGAUGAUGCAAAAAAGGUUUUUGAUAAGAUGCAGAAGAAGAGCUUAGCAACCUGGAAUUCAAUGAUCACUAGCUUGGGUGUUCAUGGACGAGGAGAGGAAGCCCUUGACGUGUUUGUUGAGAUGGAGAGAGCAGAUGUGAGGCCUGAUGCAAUCACUUUUGUAGGUGUUUUAUGUGCAUGCAUAAAUAUGGGCAAUUCGGAUGAAGGUUUUAGGUAUUUCAGAUACAUGAGUGAACGCUAUGACAUUGUGCCGACUAUAGAUCAUUAUGGUUGCAUGGUUGAACUAUUGAAUCGUGCUGGCAUGUUGGACAAAGCUUAUGAGUUAGUUCACUCCACAGCUAUGAAGCUGAAUGUUGAUUUAUGAGAAUCACUACUAAGAGCUAUUAGGGGCAAUGGAAAUCUCAACAUAGAGGAAGUUACUUGCAAGCAUGCUGGGGAUCCAGAGUCAUUAAAAACCUCUAUACUUUGUGAUCCAACACAGCAUUAUCGUCAGCUCUUUCAGUGGGAGGUUGGGUGACACUUCUUCCUGUAGCAUAUACUUGUUUUCUGUUUCUUUACAUGCGACACAGAUUAUGAACUUUACAAAGCUUGGUAACAUGAUUCCAGGAAUACAGUGGUUGCCCAAACCUUACUCAGUUAUCCAAAUUUUAGAAAAUGGAUUUAUAAAAUGGUAUUUUAGUUUUACGACCCAGGAUUGGUAUGUACUAAAUUGUAGGGUUGUAGCUCAUGUCAUUGUACCAUACAUGUAUUUUUCAAAUGGUAGUGAAGCUUCUAAAGUUAUGCCAUUUCCAGAUAAAAUCUUUUGAUAACUGACUGGCAGUAGACUUCACCGCUUA